CUACUCAACCUCCUACAACAACACAGCCUCCAACAACUACAAGAAACGUAACACUCCCACCAACAACUCCCCCACCUCCGACAACACAGCCUCCUCCACCACCAACUCAACCUCCGACAACACCGCCUCCGCCACCUCCGACAAUUCAACCUCCCCCACCUCCAACAACUCAGCCUCCUACAUCAACACAGCCUCAAACAACUACAAGAAACACAACACUCCCACCAACAACUCCUCCGCCUCCCCCACCACCGACAACACAGCCUCCUCCACCACCAACAACUCAACCUCCUACAACACCGCCUCCUCCACCUCCGACAACUCAACCUCCGACAACACCGCCUCCGCCACCUCCGACAACUACAAGAAACGUAACACUCCCACCAACAACUCCUCCGCUUCCCCCGCCACCGACAACACCGCCUCCGCCACCACCAACAACAAUAAUCUUACCAGUCACAACAACUGCAUCGUCAAAUUCAACAGGUGUUGUUUGUCCAAAUGGUAGAAGGUUUGGACCAAAUGACAUGGCUGUACAGAUGGGAAAUAUUAUGAAAAACUCAAUUUUGUCAUCGUUUGCUGGGUCAAGCAGUAAUCCAGCUAUCAGUGACUUCAGACAGGGAAUUGAUACACAUAUUUGCAAUUAUAUGAGUGGAGAUGGUUCAGGAAGUGAUGGAUAA